AUGUUUAAAAAUUAUGGACAAGUUACAAAUGUGCGGGUAGCCCCUAAAAGGCGGGUGAUUGUCAAUCGAAGGCGGCCAGUGGUGGCAGAACCGGAGCCGGUGUUGGCGGCACCGGAACUGGUCUUGGCAGCACCGGAUCCGGUGUUGGCAGCACCGGAACUGGUGUUGGCGGCACCGGAACUGGUCUUGGCAGCACCGGAUCCGGUGUUGGCAGCACCGGAACUGGUGUUGGCGGCACCGGAACUGGUCUUGGCAGCACCGGAUCCGGUGUUGGCAGCUCCGGAGCCGGUGGAAGACGGAGCGCAGAAGAACCCGAAAAGACUGUACCGCACCCGGUACGAACAUAAAUGGAAGGAGGUAGUCCAUUUUGAUGGCAACGGCACAAAGUGGGUAAAUGAGAAACUGCAGUGCCCACUUUGCUUCUUGCCAUGCGCGUCUAAUCGGAAGUACUCGGCCCACUUUGCAAUGUGCGCAAAAAUACCAAAAGUUUACGGCUGCCAAUACUGCCCUUUCAUCAAAGCGCUGCCCAAUCUUGGGCAGCACCGAAAAUUUCGAUGUAAGGGCAACAAUACAUUGUAUGAGGCUGUUGGCGAGAUGGCCGAUUUGCGGCAGCGUUGGCGAAUACAGAAAAAUGAAGAGAGGGCCGUGGAGGAUACGGCGGAGGAGUUGUAUGGUGCUUCUGAGGAGAUCCUCGACGGCAUUUUUGAUUAGACUGAUAUAAUAAGGAGCGGUGUAAUUUUAAGAUU